AUCAUUUAAAACAUUAGAUAUCCUCCCCAUCCAAAAGGAGUGCAAGGCUGGUCAUCGUCUCCUCGCUUCUCAUCCAUGGCCGCUUCAUCGUCUUCCGCGUCGUCCUCCGCCUCCGAUCCGUCAUCUCCUUCCCACCACCGCCGCCGCCGCCUCCGCCGCCGUGACAAAGAUAGAGACAAAGACACUCUGAAGGUUCGCAAGAAGAGCCGCUCCCACAUGAAGCGUCGUCGUAAGCGUCACUCCGACAGCUACUCCUCUUCAUCGUCCGACGAUUACAGUUGCGACAGUUCUUCUGACAGUGAACAUGAAGCAUCUAAUCACACAAAGAGACACAAACAGAAUGACAGGCCUAAGAAGAACAAGGAAAAGGACAAGGGGAAGAGUCAUCGACACAAACGCCAUAAGCAUAAAGUUAAAGAGAAGCAGCAGGAUGAGAGGAGUAGCAGCCCUGUACAGCUGUCGAAGUUUCUAGGUCGCGACAAAGAGGAUGGUGUCCGCCGCAGUGUUGUCUCUGGAAAGAAGAUUCUGUUGAAGCUUGACAAAUCGAAGGAGGACAAGUUGGCUGAAAAUAAUCGAAACGAAUUGCUGAAAUUCUUGAAUGCUAGUUAUGAUUGAAUUGAAGUUGCAAACAUUUUGAAGUGAAUGAGGGAAUUGGUGAAAUUGCUGCACAUCUCAAGGGAAAGAUCAUUAAUCUUCAGUAAUGUUGAUUGAAUUAUGGUUGCAUGGAGUCCCAUAAUACGGUGUUUGCCACUGCGUUAUGGUAUAACAAACUGGUUCUUUGCAGCCUCGCUUGGUUGGUUGGUCAGUUGUAUUAUACUUUAUAAGAUUCGAAGUUAUUCUGUUACUCUAUCAUUGUUUUGAUAAUUAAAAUACUUAUUAUCUAUUUGUAUUUUUUGACCAUAACAAGAUUUAGUUUUAAUGAGAUUGUCCUGCCGAUCUCUCUUGAUUUUUCAGUUUA